AUGGCUAAAGGAGCAGCCAAGUCGAAGGGUCAUAAACCCCGGUCCGAGAAGAGGAAAAAGGAAGAAAAGGUGAUUCCCACGGUUCUAGACAUAGUGGUCAACGUUCCGGGAGGAAAGCAGAUCCUGCUCAAGGGAAUUUCAACAGACCGCAUAUGGGACGUCCGACGGCUCCUGGCCGUCCACGUGGACACAUGCCACUUCACCAACUUCUCCCUCGCACACGAGGUCCGCGGGCCUCAUCUGCGAGACUCAGUGGAUGUGGUAGCACUCAAGCCUUGCGUCCUUGACCUUGUUCAGGAGGAGUACACGGAGGCAUCUGCCAAGGCCCACAUCCGCCGGUUGCUGGACAUCGUGUCCUGCACUGCCGCCUUCGGACCCUCUACCAAGCAACGCGAGGAGGCUGAAGCAGCAGCUGCAGCAGAAGCCGAAGCAGAAGCAGCAGCAGCAGCAGCAGUAUCACCGUCUGUCUCUGCAGCUGCAGCAGCGUCUGCACCGACGUCCGCCACCCCUCACCAAGGCAGCAAUGCAGGCUCGGCAGCAACCGAGCCUGCAAACCCAGGCGGUACUGAUACAGCCUUGGCCCCCAUCCAUGAACCAGACCCCGAGGCUAGCAGUAGCGUGGCGGAAUUCGGCAAAGUGCUGGGGUUGGGGGACGUCGGCAGCUUCCUUAAGAAGAAGCCGGGCGAAGCAGCAAGAGCAAGGGGGCAGGCAGGCGCUUCUGUAGAGGCGGGGGGGCGGCCGGCAGGUGGAAAACACGUGGACGGCGCAGAGAGUGCGCAAAAGCUGGGGAAAGAGCUGGGGGAAGUGGGGAAGGAGGCGGGGAUAGAGGCCGGGAAGGACCUGUUUGUGACGGGCGCGGAUGGCAAGCGGCGGUUCAAGGGGAAGAGGGAGGCGGUGGAGGCUAUGGCGGCGGCAGCAGCGGCCACAGAGAAGGGCGACAUGACAGGGAUGUUCCCUGAGGAGUCGAAGCUGGGGGAGUUCUAUGAGUUCCUGUCUGCUGCUUACCUCACUCCGCCCAUUCAAGCCAUACGCAGAUCCCUGCGCGGGUCCGCCAAGGGCAAGGGGGCAGAGAAGAGCAGUGCACAGGACAUGCCGGAUGUGGGCGCGGAGCUCUUCCCCAUAGAGGUGCGGCUGUGCACGGGCAAGACGGUGCUGGUGGUUGCCACCACACAGGGGUUCCUGUGUGCCAGGAACAGGCUGCACGCGCCCACCCUCCUGGCCCUUCUGCGCCUCAUGAGCAAGCCCUUCGCCAAGGCCUAUGACGACUUGCUUGCGCUCUUCCUGGAAAGAAACAAGCUUGGCAACACGCCUUACGGUUUCAGGUCCAACACAUGGGUUGUCCCUCCACUCGCGGCUGCCAGUCCCUCCGUCUUCCCCCAACUCCCCAUGGAAGACGGGGCAUGGGGAGGGAACGGGGGCGGCUAUGGCCGGCAGGAGGAGCAGGAGAGGGAGGAAACGGACUUAUGUGCAGCCAGGGAUGGGGCAGUAGCAGGCAGGGACUGGGCGAGGGACUUAGCAGUGCUCUCUCUUCUCCCUUGUGACACUCCUGAGGAGCGUGUGGUGAGGGAUCGCAAGGCCUUCCUCUUGCAUUCCCUCUUUGUGGAUACCGCCACUCGCCAAGCUGUUUCUGCCAUCAACACUGCUGCUGCAGCAGCAGCUUCUGGGGGACUGGCAGCAGCUGCUGGGGCGGACGCGGUUACUCCAGCUGAGGCAGUGUUGCUGGUUCGGGCUUCUGCCGAGCCUGGGUCGUCAGGUUCGGUAGCAGUGGCGGAGGUUGGGGUUCUGCUGGUGCAGCAGCAGGGGGCGAUGCGUGUGACUGUAAUGAAGGGAGAGGAGGAUCCGAGUGGGAAGGUGCUGUCGAAGGUGGAGGUGGGGUGGAGGAGGGUGGCGGAGGGGGAGAGGGAGGGGGAGAAAGAGCGCAUGGCAAUGAAGAGCCUCUUGAAGGGGAUUUCAGCUGAUGAGAGCACAGCAGUUCAUGACCUGGAGUCCCUGGGCACAGUCAUCGUUCACCUGCAGGGCCUCACAGCGCGAGUGACCGUCCCUGACGCCCCUGCGCGCGCCCAGCAGCUACAGGCGCAGCUGCAGGCGCUGAGGGAGAGAAAGGCAGGCCGGGAUGGCAAAGAGGGUGAUGGUGAUAGCGGAGCAGAGGGACAUGGGAAGGAGGGCAGGACGGGUGAAACGGCAGAGGAUGGGGACAAGAGGGGGGCUGGAGAGAGAUAUGGCGGGCUGGGGGCGUGCUGGGUGCAGCACCUGCAGAACCCACCCAAGGCGGAGGGGACGAGCGUGGAGAAUGGUGAGAAGAAGGGUACAGAAGGGGGUGGGCAGGAAAAGGACGAUGGGGUGAAGGCAGGCAGUGGUGGAAAAGAAGGGGAAGCAGAAGGAGAGGAGAGUGGGGGUGCAGUUGCAGCGCCAGGAGCCGUAGCUGCAGCUGCCACUGCUGCUAAUGCCAGCACUGCUGAUGCUAACCCGUCUGCUUCCACUACAGGAGUUGCUGUCCUGGCGACUGCUGGUGCGGGCGAAGGGGAGGCAGCAGGUGGAAUGCAAGAGGAGCCCCUGACAGCAGGCAGGCAACAGGGAGAGCUGCAGCAGCUGUUGGGCGAGAGCAAGUAUGAGAAGCUCAAGAAGGCGGACGUGGGGCUGCAUGCUAUGACCGUCCAGGAGCUCAAGCAGGGAGCACGGGACUUUUACAGGAACACUGCCCUCUCUAAGCUGGUCUCUGACUUCGCCUCUCUCGAGCUUUCCCCUGUGGAUGGCCGCACGCUCACUGACUUCAUGCACACCCGCGGCCUGCGCAUGCGAUCCCUUGGCAAAGUGGCUGCACUAGCAGACAAGCUCCCCCACGUGCGGUCGUUGGCAGUACAUGAGAUGGUGGCGCGGGCAUUAAAGCACGUCAUCCAAGCAGUUGUCACCACCACUGCACUCUCCACUGCUGCCACUGCACCUGCUGCUGCUGGUGCAGCUGGUGGUGCUGGUGCUGGUGCUGGUGCUGGUGCUUCCCAUUCCCUGCUAGCAGCCAGCAUCGCUGCUACUUUCAACGCCAUCUUUGGGUCGUCCAUGCAUAAAAAGGGGGAAGGGAGGGGAGGGGGGGAAGCAGAGACGUCAUUGGGAGGCAUGGUGUGGCGGUGGGUGCGUGUGUUUGCACGCGUGCGGUUCGGCUUUCACCUGGACGAUGAGGCAUUGGCGGGUCUGCGCAUGCUCUCGCUGCUCCGAGCGCUCUGCCUCAAGGCGGGCAUUGAGAUCGCCCCCAAGUCCUACGACUUCAACUCACCUACGCCCUUCCAGGCCACUGACAUAGUCUCCAUGGUUCCCGUGCUCAAGCACGUGCUGUGCACGUCAGCUGAUGGCCGCACACUGCUUGAGGCGUCCAAGGCAGCUCUCGACAAGGGCAAGCUCGACGAAGCGGUUUCCUGCGGUACCAAGGCCCUGACGAAGCUCAUAGCAGUGUGUGGUGCGUACCACCGCAUGACAGCAGGGGCGUACAGUCUGCUGGCCGUGGUGCUGUAUCACACAGGGGACUUCAACCAGGCCACCAUCUACCAGCAGCGCGCUCUCGACAUCAACGAGAGGGAGCUGGGGCUGGAUCACCCCGACACCAUGAAGAGCUACGGCGACCUGGCUGUGUUCUACUACCGCCUGCAGCACACGAAAUUGGCGAUCAGAUAUGUGCAGCGAGCGCUGUACCUGCUGCACCUGACGUGCGGGUCGGAGCACCCCAACAGCGCGGCCACAUAUAUCAACAUGGCCAUGAUGCUGCACGGGCUCUCCCACCUCGCCCUCGCCCUGCGCUACCUGCACCGCGCGCUGCGCUGCAACCACCGCCUGCUGGGCCCCGACCACAUCCAGACAGCCGCGAGCUACCAUGCGAUUGCGAUUGCGCUGUCACUCAUGGACGCGUACGCGCUGUCCGUGCAGCACGAGCAGACCACUCUCAACAUCCUGCAGGCGAGACUGGGCCCAGACGAUCUCAGAACGCUGGACGCGGCGGCAUGGCUGGAGUACUUUGAGAGCAAGGCAGCAGAGCAGCAGGAGGCAGCCCGCACAGGCACGCCCAAGCCAGACGCCACCAUCGCCUCUAAAGGGCACCUCAGCGUGUCGGAUCUGCUCUCCUUCAUCAACGACGAGGAGCAGGGGCGGAGGGAGGUGAUUCAGGAGAUCAUGCGCAAAAGGGGGCGACGCCCCUUGCUCAAGCCCAAGAGCAAUGGCCUCUUAGCAGCAGCGCCUCACAGCACAGCCACCGGUGGAGAAGCAUCGGCAGAGAAAACCAGCUCAGGACUAGUUGAAGCUUCCACUGCCGAGGCUGCUGCUACUGGAGGUGCUAAUAACGAGGUCAGUGACACUGUCACUGCUCCUGCAGCAGUGGAAGCAGGGGUACCUGCAGGGAUAGCUCCAGCACAAGCAGACACGGGGUCACGGCCACUUUCCGAUGCUGCCGCCGCCGCUGCUGCAGCUGCCGGUUCUGGUGUAGCCGUGGGAGGUGCACCUACCAUACCUGCUGGGCCUGCUGCGCCUGUCUACAUGCCAAUGCACAUGCCUGUGCACAUGCCACUGGGAGUGCCUGUGCUUGGGGGGAUGCCACUGGGAAUGUCUGUGCCUGUGGGGGCGCCGGUGCCUCUUCCUGUGCCCAAUGCCCUGCCCGUGGUUAUGGCUUCCGCAAGUGCUGAUGCAUCUGCCUCUCCUUCUGCUCCCGCUGCUCCAUCACCAGCCAAUUCUGAUGCGAAGCUGAUGCUCUCUGGAGACGAUUUUCCUCCUCUGCCCUCUUCUGCUGCUCCUGCUCCUGCUCCUUCUGGUGCUGCUGCAGCGAGUGAGGUAUCUGACAGUGCUGCCAAUACUGACCCUGCUGCUUUGGUUGCUCAUAGUGACGCCUCAGCAGAUUCUGCGGCACCUGAGGAAGCACCUGAGGCUGCAACUACACCUGAGCAAGCACCUGAGGCUGCAACUGCACCUGAGGAAGCACCUGAGGCU